AUGUGUGUUUAUGCCUACAUGAUGCCAAGGAGACACUUAACAGUAAAUAAUCUGUGUAUCCCUGAGGUAAGAUACUGUUUCUGCUUUCCCUGCACAGUGCUGCUGCAGCACGGAGCUGAUCCAAACAUUCGGAACACCGAUGGGAAAUCUGCGCUGGAUCUGGCAGACCCUUCAGCAAAAGCUGUACUCACGGGUGAAUACAAGAAGGACGAACUCCUGGAAGCUGCUAGGAGCGGUAAUGAAGAAAAACUGAUGGCUUUAUUGACUCCUUUAAAUGUGAACUGCCAUGCAAGUGAUGGGCGUAAGUCUACUCCUUUACACCUAGCAGCAGGCUACAACAGAGUUCGAAUAGUCCAGCUUCUGCUUCAGCAUGGUGCAGAUGUUCACGCAAAGGAUAAAGGUGGUCUUGUGCCUCUUCAUAACGCAUGUUCAUAUGGACACUAUGAGGUUACAGAGCUGCUGCUGAAGCACGGUGCCUGUGUGAAUGCUAUGGACCUCUGGCAAUUCACCCCCUUGCACGAGGCGGCUUCCAAGAACCGCGUAGAGGUCUGCUCCCUCCUGCUGAGCCACGGCGCGGAUCCCACCUUAGUCAACUGCCACGGCAAGAGCGCGGUCGAUAUGGCUCCAACGCCUGAGCUCAGGGAGAGACUGACCUACGAAUUCAAAGGACACUCUUUACUGCAAGCAGCCAGAGAGGCAGACCUAGCCAAAGUGAAAAAGACUCUUGCUUUGGAGAUCAUUAAUUUUAAGCAGCCACAGUCGCAUGAGACUGCACUGCACUGUGCUGUGGCUGCCGUGCAUCCCAAACGGAAGCAAGUUACAGAACUAUUGCUCAGGAAAGGAGCAAAUGUUAAUGAGAAAAACAAAGAUUUCAUGACACCUUUACAUGUUGCAGCUGAAAAAGCUCAUAAUGAUGUCAUGGAAGUUCUGCAUAAACAUGGAGCAAAGAUGAAUGCACUGGACACACUUGGUCAAACAGCGUUGCACAGGGCUGCCUUAGCAGGUCACUUGCAAACCUGCCGGCUCCUGCUGAAUUACGGCUCCGAUCCCUCCAUCAUCUCGUUACAAGGCUUCACAGCGGCGCAGAUGGGAAAUGAAGCAGUGCAACAGAUUCUAAGCGAAAGUACACCCGUGCGCACAUCUGAUGUGGAUUAUCGGUUGUUAGAAGCAUCCAAAGCUGGAGACUUGGAAACUGUGAAGCAACUUUGCAGCCCUCAGAAUGUGAACUGCAGAGAUUUGGAAGGCCGUCAUUCAACACCACUGCACUUUGCUGCAGGCUAUAACCGUGUGUCAGUGGUGGAGUAUCUGUUGCACCAUGGGGCGGAUGUGCAUGCCAAAGAUAAAGGUGGCUUAGUACCCCUGCACAAUGCCUGUUCUUAUGGACACUACGAAGUGGCUGAACUCUUAGUGAGGCACGGUGCUUCUGUCAACGUGGCAGACCUGUGGAAAUUCACUCCUCUACAUGAAGCAGCAGCAAAAGGAAAAUACGAAAUCUGCAAGCUGCUUUUAAAACACGGAGCUGACCCAACAAAGAAGAAUCGAGAUGGGAACACUCCUCUAGAUUUGGUGAAAGAAGGAGACACAGAUAUCCAGGACUUACUGCGAGGAGACGCUGCCUUGCUAGAUGCUGCCAAGAAGGGGUGCCUGGCACGAGUGCAGAAACUCUGUACUCAAGAAAACAUCAACUGCAGAGACACCCAGGGAAGAAAUUCAACACCACUACAUCUUGCAGCUGGUUACAACAACUUGGAAGUAGCUGAGUACCUACUUGAGCAUGGUGCUGAUGUUAAUGCCCAGGACAAAGGAGGAUUAAUUCCCCUACACAACGCAGCGUCCUAUGGGCAUGUGGAUAUAGCAGCGCUGUUGAUCAAAUACAAUACGUGCGUGAACGCAACAGAUAAAUGGGCUUUCACACCAUUGCAUGAAGCUGCACAAAAAGGAAGGACACAGCUCUGUGCUCUGCUGUUAGCUCAUGGAGCAGAUCCGACCAUGAAGAAUCAAGAGGGUCAGACACCAUUAGACCUGGCAACAGCUGAUGACAUCCGAGCUUUGCUGAUAGAUGCAAUGCCCCCAGAAGCUUUGCCCACAUGCUUCAAGCCUCAAGCUACCGUUGUUAGUGCCUCCCUGAUCUCACCAGCAUCUACGCCGUCCUGCCUCUCCGCUGCUAGCAGCAUAGAUAACCUCACGGGGCCACUGGCAGAAUUAGCUGUAGGAGGAGCAUCCAAUGCUGGUGAUGGAGCUGCAGGAACUGAACGGAAGGAAGGAGAAGUUUCUGGCCUUGACAUGAACAUUACCCAGUUCCUAAAAAGCCUGGGUCUUGAACAUCUUCGGGACAUCUUUGAAACAGAACAGAUAACCCUGGAUGUGUUGGCAGACAUGGGGCAUGAAGAGCUUAAAGAAAUUGGGAUCAAUGCGUAUGGACACCGCCACAAAUUAAUAAAAGGUGUGGAGAGACUUCUAGGAGGGCAGCAAGGCACCAAUCCUUAUUUGACUUUCCACUGUGUGAGUCAGGGGACCAUUCUCCUUGACCUUGCUCCUGACGAUAAGGAGUAUCAGUCCGUAGAGGAGGAGAUGCAAAGUACGAUCCGGGAGCAUCGGGAUGGUGGAAAUGCUGGUGGGAUCUUCAACAGGUACAAUGUCAUCAGGAUUCAAAAGGUUGUGAACAAGAAGUUGCGAGAGAGGUUCUGUCACAGACAGAAGGAGGUCUCAGAGGAGAAUCAUAAUCAUCACAACGAACGCAUGUUGUUUCACGGGUCUCCUUUUAUUAAUGCCAUCAUUCACAAAGGAUUCGACGAAAGGCACGCAUACAUUGGAGGAAUGUUUGGAGCUGGAAUUUACUUUGCCGAGAACUCCUCAAAAAGCAACCAAUAUGUGUAUGGGAUAGGGGGAGGAACGGGCUGUCCCACACACAAAGACAGGUCCUGUUAUAUCUGCCACAGACAAAUGCUCUUCUGUAGAGUAACCCUUGGAAAAUCCUUUCUUCAGUUCAGCACAAUGAAAAUGGCUCAUGCCCCUCCAGGGCACCAUUCUGUUAUUGGCAGGCCAAGCGUGAAUGGACUUGCGUACGCUGAAUAUGUUAUCUAUAGAGGAGAACAGGCAUACCCAGAAUAUCUCAUUACGUACCAGAUUGUGAAACCAGAAGCUCCCUCACAGACAGCGACAGCAGCAGAGCAAAAGACCUAGUAGCUACAGAGCAGUGAAGAAGGAUGUGACUUCAAUCUUGGACUGAAUGGAUACGUGUUUCAGAAAAUGAGUAUCGUAUAAAAUUCUUUAACAACCUGGAAAUAAGCUGUAUGUCUUUUAUAAAGCAUUGCUGUCUUGGAUACGAUAAGAGUAACUCUUGCAUACUCAACUGCUACUGUUCCUUUUGAGGAAAGUUUACAAGGGACUGCCUUUUAAUAACAUAUCUCAGGCUCCUAGUCUCUGCAGUUACCAUGUGUAAAAUAAUGUUGUUUUGAUCUAGACUUUGGGAACAUUAUUGUGCAAAUGGAAAUCUUUAUUGGUGCCAUCUCACAUGUUAAAAUUUCAGACACUACUAUCCUAGUUAUUUUAUUUGCAGAUAAAUUGCAUUAAGCCCAUAAUUUUCUUUUCAGCAUACACCAUUCAUUUUAUGUUUUCAAGAGAUAUCCUAGUCAACUAUUUAUUUUCCUUUUGUAUUCUGAGUUGAGCCAGAACCUUCUUAAAGAUAUUUUGCACAAAGUCAAGUUGACUAAAAUCAUUAACAAUGCAAUAUAAAUUUAAUCUGAGAAGGGGCUAGGUCCAGUUCUUCAAUAUAGGGGUUUUUUGCACACUUCUGAGCAAACGAUAAUACGAGUGAGUGUAACAUUAGAGUGGAAGCAAAUCAUGUCAGUUCACUGCUUUGUCUGUGUGAGUUUUCUGGAUGAAGCCCUAUGAAGUGUUUGCAAGGGUAACACCAGCUCUUGUGCUUGGAAGAACUUCAUGAAGCAGGUCAAUGCCCUCUGCUGGCAUCUCUAAAAGAACGUUUUAUAAGGCUCCUAUUAAGUACAUGCAGUUUGUGAAAUGCUCUCCAGUUACAAAGCCGUGUGGUUUUGCUGGAAGAUAGCAGGUGAAAAGCCAGAAGAUUGCACACGUGAGGGCAUAUCUUGUUCUUGUCCCUCUCUGUAAUAUGAGACCCAGUAAAUGGGUUUCAAACUGGUAAGGGAGAGCGUAUUAUUGCAGUUUCACAUCACAUAGUUCUGUGUGACAUCACAGUUGAAGAGCUUAAGGGAUUUACAAAAAUAAUAAUUUUUUUAAAUAUCAAUUUUACAUUUUGAUGAGAAGAAACUUUUAAAGCAUCAGUUGGCAAGUGGAUUUGUUUGCAGGUAUACCAGAGAACAAAGCUAGGAUUUAUUCACUCUAAUCCCCUUCCCCACAAGUUCCCAGGUUUAUUUCACUGGGGAAGAGGCAGUUAUUUUUAAGCGUUGUGUAGCACAGCAUCAGACAAUUUCAGAAAUCCCCCAUAAUGGAGGAUAUGCAUUUAACAAAAGUAGAAACGGAUUUCUUUUUUGUGUUGUUUUUACAGCUUUAGAGAAGGUUGAAAAUGGAGGCAUGUUGUUGUUUUUUUUUUUCUCAACAACCAAUACCAGAUGUGCUUCAGUGUUUGAGCAUGUAACAACUGGAGAAAAAAGCUUUCCUUUGAGCACGACACACUGUACGUUUCCCUGUCAACCAGCACUAUUCAGUAUCUGAUGAAUCCAGUUCAUGCAUUCAGGUUUUAUCUCCCUUAAAGCAAGGAAACAACAGAAUAAUGUGCUUCUAGUUUAUAAAAAUAUGUGUUCCCCACAAGUGGGAUUUUGCUGACAUGUUUGGAUAAAACAAACUUAAACCUGAAGAGCUUUUCACUUUCAGCUUUAAGACACAAAAUUUUCAUUCUUAACAUUGACGUUAGCGUUGAAGCAAGUUAUCCUCACAGAGGAAUUUCGCCCACUGUAAAAUCAGUCAUUUGAUGCAAUCUGGCUACCUGCACAUCAUCUGUUUGUAAUAUCUCUAACGAGGACUUUAGAAACAGCAAUACUCCAACAGAUCUUGAACUUUGGGUUUUCUUUUUCUUGAGCUGGCAGUGGAUAUGCGGUUCUCGCUUCAUUUUGUGACCUGAUUAAAUAUGUAGCUUCGAAGUCCAAGCCAGGCCUUAGCCUAGUUGUCCUUUUAAUCAAAUUUCAUUGAUAAAAUCGGGUGCUUGUAUUUUGGCUACUUGUUUAAUAGUGUUAGGAUUGCAAAGAUCACCUCUAGGCUCUGAAGCUUUGUAUUCAUCAUUUAAGUUUGGGGUUUGUUUUUAACUUAGUUAAUGAUGGAGUGGGGGAUGUGACUACCUACACUAGCGUUUUGGAUAGCGGUGAGAGUGAGUGUUGCUCGCCAUCCCCAGUUAGACAUAGUUUUAAAUGGUAAAACAGUUGUGCUGCUUAGGUGAGCAAAAUGGUUAUAAUGUGGGUGUGGAAGUUAACAGCUUUACAUCUUUCAAAACCAAGAACAAACCUGAAAACAAAAACCCCACCAAGCCCGCACCAGAUUGUGUUCUUGCUUGUUGUUCCCGGUGUGCUGAUGGGACUAAUGGCUAGUCUGGAUUUCUGCCCCAGCCUUCAACUUCUAAAGGCUGAUAAUGCUGUCCGGUAUCUUGGAGCUGCCAGUGUUGAUGUAUCUGAUGUUCUGUGCAGAGUGAAGGUGCUGUGUGAGGAAAUAAUUUUGCAGUGAUUUUUUGUCUCGUCAUGACGUGAUCUCGUACCCGUUUGUGGCCAGAGGGAGAGGAGAACCCAGGCCUGACGGUGCCUCUGUGUGUUGUGGAAACCUGUGCAGGAGCAGCGUCCACCUCUCCUGGCACACGUCGUUGUAGCUCCUCUUAAGGUUUAAAGCAAAGUGAGGAUCUGCCCAUCAGUAUCGAAGUUACCUGUGAGAAAGCUGGUUGUGGUGGUAGAGCUGCUAGAGCUGCAGUUGGCAGGUUGUUAAUGGUACAGGUGCUGCUGCUUUAGCUGAGGGAGUUAACCUGAUGCCUCCUAAUUCUAGAGAAUGGGACCUUAAAGAAAGCACGCCCCCAUAACUAGGCAGCUGCUGCUCCCUGAGAAAGGAGGUUUUUCAACUUCCUGAGGAGGGCACGCUCCCCUGAUAAAGGGGUGCUCAUUUGCAGCAUUGGGAGGCACGUUAAGAACUGAGGAUGCAAGAGCAUGCCGGGCUAAGCCACCUCACAGCCUUGGGAGGCUGGGCACCUCUCACUGGCUCCAGAAAGAGCUAUUCCUGCUGGGUGAAGGGAUAGUUAUGAUUUUUGUCCGUGUCCCUUUGAGGCAGGAUUUUGGAACAUCUGUGCAGUUCGUCACAGGACCCAGUAGGCAAAACAGAAAGAAACUUCACCACGUGGCAAAGAAGGGAGGGCUCUGCUCUCCAUUGCUGAAAUUGUUUCCGUGAGACAGAUGAAUUAGGUACUUGGUGCAGAGUGACAUUGCAGUCUGCAAUGCUGUCAACAAAACUUCUGUUAGGAUUAAAAGCAGAGAGAACAGUACCUUAAUAAGGUGUAUCUUAGUUUCUCAUCCUUAUUUUUAUCUGCCAGUUUACUUUGAUCCCAGCUCCACAGAGACUGUUACAAACCUCUUGUAGUAGCUCCACUGUUUUGCAGUCACUAUUGGCCUUUGUCUGGUAUGGGUGUGUUCUAACCUCUGGUUUUAAUGUCUGCAUGGGAUGCAAUUGAAUUGCACUGCAUUAUGCAGCAGGAAUUUAUUUUGCCUGAAAACAUUUAUACUUUGCUUAUUGAUAACAGAAUGCCCCAAAACAAAGUUCUAUGCUGAAGCAGAAAGCAAGCCCUGCAAGAUGUUCUGUAGUGGUGGCUUUGAUGGGUAUCAGGCACAGAAGAGGCACGUGGUACCUGGGACAGAGUAGCUUCUGGAGAAGGGCACUUCCUUGGCUCUGGAAACCAGCUGGUCCUACUGUUUGUUGUAGGUUAGAGGAGAUUUCUGCUUCCCGUGAAUGCGUGAAGUGCUGAGGGAGGCCAACAUGACAUGCCACUGUGUGGCCUGUGGGACCUACUUAGGACAGUGGCAAGUCUUCUUGACAAAGACGCCAUCCCUGCAGUGAAGUCAGAGCUCCUGCACAGUACCUGCUUACCUAGAAUUUCCACAUGGGACUGUUAACAGAAAUUACCCAGAACAGAUUUUUUUUUUUCCAAAAGCUGAGGAAAAGAAAGGGUCCAACCACAAAACAGUUUAGUUUGAACAUUGCUGAUCAUUCUCAGAAGGUGGAGGUAAGGAAGUGUGUGAAUUUAUUUUUAAUGGGAUUUCUUCCUUCCCGUGGUGCUUCACCACAGAAAAAUCUAGUUCAGAAAUCUAAAAGGUGAUACUUCCAAUGCAUGCUUUGGUCAUCUUAAGCCAUGCUGCAGCUCUGCUGAGGAAGACGUGGAAAAGUAACAGAUUCCAUUCUAGCCACAAGUAGCAGGUGGCUUGUGGACCUCUGUAGGCUUGAAUCCAUUGAUGGGAGGUGGUGGCUUUGGCACUGUCCAGAGCACGCUCCGGAUCUUUCAGAGAGCAGCAGGACACACGCAGAGAUGGAGUGGCAGUGUUCCCACCUCUGAACACAUCGUAGGUGUGAAGCCUAGAGGAUCAGGGGACAGCAUGUGAGUGCUAAGACUUCUGAACGAGCCCAUGAAUCGGUAGGGAACAAGAGAAAAGGAUGCAUUUCCCGUCACACUAACAGGUUAUAUUAUCUGGAUUUGGUACAUCUAGUUCUGUCUUACUGAACCUGCUGGUGGCAAGUUUUAGUGUUGGUUCCAUUGAUUACUAAUGUAGUUUGAUUAGAGGCUCUGUAUUACAAGGUAAUUUUGACACUUUCUUAACAGCUGCAAAACUUGCUUCAGCUUUGGAAAUUGAAAUGGGCAUUUUUCUGUGCCGCAGUCCCGUAAGCCUGUGGAUCUUCAUUCCUAAUUGCUUUCUCUGCCAACCCAAAUGGCAAUUGGUACCUGGGGGUUGAGUUUUUAGACCCUUUUUUGUAUAACUUGUUUUCAUAACUAGCCCUGUAUGUUUCCUCUCUUGGUUGCCAAUUACCUGGAGCUGGGAUAUCAUUUAUUUAUUUACUCCUUUACCCUCUCUCUCAAAGAAGACAAUGGGCAGGUUCUCAGCCUACCUACAGGUGGAUUUUAGGUAACAUCUCUGUAACAACUGAGUUUGAUCUAUAAAUGUGCUUGGCUAAAUGUCUGAUCUGCAAUACUUGUAAUAGUUUAAAAUUCAAUAAAUGCAUUUUUAACAGUU